CUCUCUAUUUUGCUAUAACCUAAUAUUAAUCUUUUCCCGCUUACUUCAUAACUCUCAAUCAUCGGUUUGCUUGAAAGCUUUCAGCUAAAGGAUUUGGGGAUAGAAGACCGAAUCACAGUGAGUUUUACUUUGAGCGAUUUAUAGUUACGUCAAAAUCUUUGUCUUGAAAUUAUGUUUUUCCUGAAUUAUGUCUGAUUUUAGGUUAGGAAGGAAAAUGCCCAAAAAGGGGAUGGGAACUUAAACUUGGAUUGAAAAAUUACUUAAUGUUUGUUCUCUUUGGAAUUUUUCCAUCGUUCUUGUGCUGAUUAUGUGAUGUUCGAUUUGACUCUUAGCGCUCUCGCUGAAAAUUUACCUCUGCACGUACUUAAAAUAUCUUAGAAUUUCAAGCCUUUUCGUUUGAAGUGAUUUUUUGUAAGAGAAUGGAGUUCAAUGAUAGCCGCUGAGUUAAUUGAAGUUAGUUGGGGAUAUUAUUUACUAAACUGGGUUGCACUGGAUUUUGUCUUGUUUUGGAAUGGAUUAUCGGUAGAAAAAGUCAAUCAAUUUUCCAAGGCCAAGGUGAAGCAACAAAUAAUUCAUUCUACCUUUUCAUGGUUUCACUAUCAUAAGGUAGAAUCGGUUCUCGUAUUUUGUUCAAACACGCUAAUUGUUACCGGCCUGAACUUCAGUUAAGGGCCUUUUUGAAAACCUAUUCGGCUUACGUUGUUUCUAUUGGGCCAGAUUUCUCAAACAGACUAUAAUGUUUUAUUGGAAUUUGGUUUUUUCAGAGACUCCCAUUUUGUUCUGUGUUAGCUUUGUGAAGAUGAAUUUUGGGUUCAAUUUUUCUUUAGGUGAGAAUGAAGUCCAUUUAGUUUUGAAAUCAAAUAAAUUUAUUCUCGCCUCAAAAUAUUAAAAAAAAUAAACACUCAACAGUAGAACCAAUAAUUAAUGUGUACUUCAUCUAUCUGACUGUUGUACAACACUAGGGCGUUUCCCCAGUUCUCUCUUUCUCUGUGUCUAUCACCGUCAUAAUUCAUGAAGACACCAUAUCCACGGUCAACUUAAUCACUUUUGGUAAAACCUAUCUUGCACCUCCUUCUUUCUCACAUCAACACCUCUUCAAUGUUCCCCAUGGUUUAGGUCUUUUCUGUUUCUGUGGGUUUGUGGAUCCAUGUGCCAUUAUGUUUUUAAUUAAAUGCCAUAAAUUAUCACAUAAAUUCCUAUGAACUUUAAUGUGGAAAGCUGUUUGAUUUUAAGAAUUUCAAUGGAUGAGCUUUCUACUAAUGGCUCUUUGCUAACUGGGAAUGAAACCAUAUACAUGUUCAAUGUUUGUAGAAAACAUGCCAUUGCCAUGAUGCACUGUUACAUGGAGGAUUCAGAGCAGAGGAAGAAAAGGCUGAGAGAAAUGCGCAUGCAAGCUGAUCAUGCUGAUGUUUCUGGUGCUGUGGAAGGUUCUGCUAUGCCCGGUUCUCUCUCAAAUCCCUUGAUUGAAGCUCCUUUAACUAUGCCAUCAUGGGAUAAAUCGAAUGCUGCUCCAAGGUUUGACUUUUAUACAGAUCCGAUGAGUGCCUUCUCUUCUAACAAAAGGAACAAUACCAGUAUCCAGGCUGCACCGGAUAGUUUCCCUCCAAAUGUUGGUCCCUCUCCUAUGGCACAAUAUUCAUCCCCACAUCCAGAUAUAACAGAAUCAACAAAUCCACGGAUGACUCUGCCUCCUUUUCAAGUAUCAGCACCAGCAUAUGGAAACCUGGAUUUUAGUGGACCUAGAGGCCCUGCUCACGAUAACUUCCUAUUCCAUCCAUCAAGUGUUGGUAGACAUCCAAAUCCUAGAUUCGAACCAUCAGGUGGUCCAUUAUAUAACUCUACACAGGGCAUAGCUCACCGGGCCAGUUACAGUCCUAAUCCUUCUCCAGGAUACAGGAAUAGUCCUGGGCCCAGUUACAGUCCCAAUCCUUCUCCAGGAUACAGCAACAGUCCUAGGCCCAGUUACAGUCCCAAUCCUUCUCCGGGAUACAGGAGCAAUCCUAGGCCUGGUCAAGGGCGAGGCAGGGGUGUAUGGCACAACCCUGGUAGCUCUGUUUCAGGACGGGGUAGUGGACGAGGACCUAAUUUUCAUGGUCAUUUGUCCAACGAAAACCCAGGUCCUGGUCCCAAUCGAUUUUACAAGAGCUCCAUGGUUGAAGAUCCAUGGAACCAUUUAGAGCCUAAGAUAUGGGAAGCAAUUAAUGGUUCUUUACAUUCUUCACGAAUACCUGAGAAAGUAAAACCCUGGAUUUCAAAAUCAAAGAGUACAAUAGGAGAGGGAUCAUCUGCUGCAUCUGUCAAGUUCCGUUCUGAACCAAGCCUUGCUGAGUACUUGGCUACUGCAUUCAAUGAAGCUGCCAACGAUACAGAAAAUGUAUGAUGACAGCUGCUCAUUACAUGAAGGGCCCAUCAUGACGUUACAGAGAGGAAUGAAUUUCCAGCCAGUGAAAAAACCAAAUAAAUUUCAAGUCACUUCAUAGAUUAAUGCCAAGGAGGUACUAUUUGUACUAAAACACGAGAAAAUUUUUGGGAUGUGUUCGGUACUUCGCACGGUUUGAUAUGUUGGCAUCCAAUUAAUUGUGUACUA